GCGCGUGCCAGCCCGGCAGCCGCCGGCGGGGAAGCCAUACACUACUACUCUACGGAUACACAGGACCUACAUACCUUACCUAGUACGGAAGGAAGUUUGUCGUCCAUUGCCCCAUGGCCAGGCCCACAGAUCUGCACCUCCCACACUCCGCCUGCUCCCGUCUGUUCGAUACAACCUUGAAGCUUCCAAUCCUGUUUGAGCCCAGAACCAAGGCUUCCUCUUUCCAGGAAACGACGGUGCGACUGGGGAACUAAGCGGGCGCUAAGAUGCAAUGCCCAUCACGCGCACCCUCGGCAUAUCUGAUAUCGAGAAGUCGGAAAACCACCGCGGAUGCAACGGUGCGACCACAAGCGCUUCCUGUGUGCUCUACGCAGCAGCAGAGAAGGCCCCCAAUGAAGUCGGCUGUGCAUGGGAAUCAGUAAAUCUUACGGCGAAGACGGAUGCAUCGCCAACGCUAACUCGUGCUCAUCAAGCCCGUCGGCCAGGGUACACGCUACCGCUGAUGACAGCGAGUCCUUAUUCGGCCGAUGCAGGCUCACACGGCAUGUGUAGAGCGCUGCGCACGCUCGUCUCCCGAUGCAGCUGUUCUGCAAGCCUCCGUCUCACGUCUGAAAGCAUCAAGCCAAGACCGGAAAGCGGGCCUCUCGCACUGCUCAGCUCAAUACACAGGGGGCGCAUCGCGACGUCGCACGGGCAUCUUCACAGUCGAGCAGGCGACAUAACGAACGAGUAAGCGGGAACCUCGCAUGCCGCGCCUCGAUUUUGCAUGGUUCGCUUGAGCAGCCAACGCUCGCCGUUCGCCAAUUUUGUUUUCUUCCUGG